CUAUGAUGUACGAAAGUGAAAGUAGUGAAGGUGAAAACGGCGGGUAGGAGCCUGAGGACGUGAACUUUGUUUAUCAUAAAAAUAUGAAACUCUCAGUGUACAACUCAAUUGUUGAAAUAAUGCACAAACACAAAUCAAGGGAUUGCUUACCCCUGAUUGUUGAAAAAUAUCCUGACUUUUCUUUAUCUACGAUUGGAAGUAUAUACGCUCAAGAUUAUCAGAAAAAAAUGAGAAAAACACACCAUAUUCAUUACAAUCCCGCAAAAAUGGAAUUAUACUACGAGCAAUAUUUGAGAGGGGUUGGCAAUAAGGAAAGGCACGUGCUGCUGAGGUUAGCCAAUGAAAUAGAAUUAUCACCUGCAUUGUUAGCGAGGAUUGUUUUAGAAAGACAUCUUUCGACAACGAAAUACGAAGGAGAAAAUCCACCUAGGAGUUAUGUAACUAAGUUAAUGAAAGACAUUUCUCUAAUCAGUGACCCAUUACUGGCGUCAGAGAUCCACGAGUGUCUUGUCAGUGAUGAUCAUUAUGGAGCACAUGUUGACAACAUUAAACAAUCCAUUGGACAUGAGUAUGAAUUUAAACUGAAUAGAAUUUUGGAUACGCUGAAUUUAGCAUACAUUGGCGAGGAUCAAAUGAGAACUAGAGGUUUUGAUAAAACCCCCGAUGUCAAACUGGAGGUCCCUUUCAGUGUGGAUGGUCAUGUGAUUAACUGGAUUGAAAGUAAAGCUUCAUUUGGAGAUGAGUAUAGUCAUAAAGGUUAUCUGAAGGACCAGUUCUGGAGCUACUGGAAUAGAUUUGGUCCAGGAAUGGUCAUCUAUUGGUUUGGAUUUAUUGAAGAACUUGAUACUGACAGGGAAAAAGGAAUUAUUCUGAGUGAUAAAUUCCCAGAUAAUAUUGUGAGAUUGAAUCCUAAUUCUGUAAUCAAAUGAUAUCAUAAACAAUUAUACAAAACAUUGAGGCACAAACUUUUGUCAAGCAUCAUAAUAGAACAUUACAUUCUGUGCAAUGUGCUAGGAAAAUAUUUCAAUAUUAUGUACACUUAUCUAUUAUGGCGCUUUCGGUGAUGAGAAUCUUGUGAUUUCUGGUACAGUGAACACUGUCACAGUACUGCUAUUUAUAAGAUAUGAAGCAUGGUUGUUAAACAUUAAUAAUUAUACCUUAAAAGACACUUCAUUCUAAAUGUAUGAUUGAUGAAUAUCACAAAUUUCUAUUAAAAUAGAAUUUCCCCAGA